CAAAACAUUCGUCUCACUGCAGUCGGUCGGUCGUGCACCACGUUCUUUGGCGAAUUUCUCCGCGAUUUUAGAGGAUUUUAUUCGGAAAGGAUUCGAAGUGAUUACCUACUUCCCGCGUGACGUGUAGCCCUAGCUUGUGCAACGAGAGGAAUCAUGACGACGGAAGCGACACCGAUCUUCCCGAAGCUGAACGUCGAGGAAGAACCGGAGUUGGGCGCCACCGAGAUCGAGUCCAUGUGCAUGAACUGCCAUGAGAAUGGAACAACCCGUCUCCUGCUGACGUCCAUUCCGUUCUACAAAGAGGUGGUCCUGAUGUCGUUCAGUUGCGAUAAUUGCGGCUUCCAGAACAACGAGAUCCAACCGGGUGGUGAGAUGGCACCCAAGGGCAUCCGGAUCAGUGUAAAGAUCGAAACGCCGAAGGACCUGAACCGGCGCGUCGUCAAAUCGGACUUUUCCAGCGUGCGGAUAGAGGAGCUGGAUUUCGACAUUCCGGCACAGUCGCAGAAGGGUGAGGUGACCACAUUGGAGGGAAUCAUCGACCGGGUGGUGAGGGGACUGGAACAGGAUCAGCCUGUUCGCCGGAUACAGCACCCGGAAGCUGCGGAACAGAUCGACGCCUUCGUAGGCCGACUUAAAGACCUAAAGGAGAUGAAGCAACCGUUUACGGUCACAAUCGAGGACAUUUCCGGGAACAGCUUCGUGGAGAAUCCGUUGGCACCGCAGCCGGAUCCGAACACGACCAUCUCGCACUUCGUGCGGAACAAAGACCAGAACCAUCUGCUGGGAAUAUUUACCCACGAUGAGGUGGCGGACGAGAAACCGACAAAACCUGCACCCAUCCCGGAAGAAGAGGACAACAUGCUAAAAAUGAUAUCCGAGGGCGCCUGGCCACUGGAGGAACUUCAUGGUGAAGUGUUGCAGUUUCAGACCAAGUGUCCGGAAUGUGCGGCCGAUUGCGAGACCAACAUGAAGGUGACAAACAUUCCGCACUUCAAGGAGGUGGUCAUCAUGGCCACGGUGUGCGAGAACUGCGGCGUGAGGACGAACGAAGUCAAGCCCGGUGGAGGUAUCGAGGAGAAGGGCGUCCGGAUCGAAAUAACGGUCCGCGGAAGGGUGGACUUUUCCCGGGAUGUGCUCAAGUCCGAAUCGUGCGAUCUACGCAUUCGGGAACUGGACUGUGAGGUCGGUGCCGGUGCCCUAGGGGGACGCUUCACCACGAUCGAGGGCCUUCUGACGGCCAUCAAGGACCAGCUCGUCGAAAGCACCGGAAUGUUUAUGGAUUCGAACGAUGAGGCCACCCAGCACCGGAUGGACAGUUUCUUUGCACAGCUGGAUGCGGCCAUCGCCGGGGACAAACCGUUGACGAUUGUGUUGGAUGACCCCACCGGGAACAGCUAUGUGCAGUCGUUGAAUGACGACGGAACGCCAGACGACGCACUGCGGAUAAUCCGGUACCAUCGGUCGCACGAGCAGAACGAGGAACUCGGCUUGAACGAUAUGAAGACCGAGGGUUACGAGGAUGCGUAGGUCGGUUGGGUACAACGCUGCUAAACGUAGGAAUACUAAGUCUAAAGUGUAAUAUUAGCAGUGAAGGACAUUGUGGCUGGAACAUUGCUUUUUAACUGUUAGAAGUUAUAAAAGUUAAGAUUAAUAGCAACUACCA